CGACGUCACACGGUUGCGUAUGUAGAGUAACGUUAGAGGAAGUUCUUCUAGCGUUUUCUCUUUAGCACAAAAAGACGGCGAUCCGGCUGAUUUAAAUCAUCGGUAACCUCGAAAAUAUAACAUUUCGACCGAAGGUUUGACUCGCUCAGACGGCAGGAUGAUGGACGACGACCAGCCCAAGACACUGUAUGUGGGGAACCUCUCAAGGGACGUGACGGAGGCCCUCAUCUUACAGGUGUUCACCCAGAUCGGCCCCUGCAAGAGCUGCAAAAUGAUCAUUGAUACUGCAGGAAAUGAUCCUUACUGCUUCGUGGAGUUCUAUGAGCACAUGCAUGCUGCCGCUGCGCUGGCCGCCAUGAACGGGAGGAAAAUAUUAGGAAAGGACAUGAAAGUCAACUGGGCCUCAAUGCCAAGCAGCCAGAAGAAAGACACAAGCAAUCACUUCCAUGUCUUUGUUGGUGACCUGAGCCCAGAAAUCUCCACAGAUGAUGUCAGAGCUGCCUUUGCUCCCUUUGGGAAAAUAUCUGAUGCUCGUGUGGUGAAAGACCUGGCUACUGGAAAGUCCAAAGGAUAUGGCUUUAUCUCCUUCAUCAACAAAUGGGAUGCAGAGAAUGCCAUUCAGCAGAUGAACGGCCAGUGGCUGGGAGGAAGGCAGAUCAGAACCAACUGGGCUACCAGGAAACCACCUGCACCCAAAUCCAAUGAGACAGGCAACACCAAGCACCUGUCCUAUGAGGAGGUGCUGAACCAGUCCAGCCCCAGUAACUGCACCGUGUACUGUGGAGGAGUCACCUCUGGCCUGACAGAUCAGCUGAUGAGACAGACUUUCUCUCCAUUCGGCCAGAUCUUGGAGAUCAGGGUUUUCCCCGAUAAAGGCUACUCAUUCGUGAGGUUUGACUCCCACGAGGGUGCGGCUCACGCCAUUGUAUCGGUGAAUGGGACGUGCAUUGAGGGCCACACUGUGAAGUGCUACUGGGGAAAGGAAACCGCGGACAUGAGGGCCAUGCAGCAGAUGCCCAUGCCCCAGCAGAGUAACCCAGGCUACGCUGCCCAGCCAUACGGCCAUUGGGGCCAGUCUUAUGGCAAUGGGCAGCAGAUGGGCCAGUAUGUGCCCAAUGGCUGGCAAAUGCCCACCUAUGGAGUCUAUGGCCAGGCCUGGAACCAGCAGGGCUACAAGUAAGUACGACAUGGGCACCCUCCACCACCUCCUUCGGCUCAAGCGCUACUCCUGCUCCAGUGCGGCAAAUUUCCAGCAGGAUGUACCAAUACGCCAGCGAGGAGGUGUGAAAGGACUCCAUUUAACCAGUGUACAAUAUAUUUGGAUCAUUAACCUGCCCUCGCUGCCCCUUUUUCUCUAUUUUUUUUUUGUUUCUUUCUUUCUUUUUGUUCCCUCCCCAAAUAGUUCUUUGGACAGUAAUUUUUUUUUUCAUUGGUCAUUUCCCCCCACGGUGGACUUAAUAUUGGAAACGCUUCCCCGUCAUUCGCCCCCAAUCAGGAGGACUGUCUUCAUGUAAAAAGCCCCUCAGGUUUUUUUUUUUUUGUUGUUGUUUUUUGUUUUUUCCUUUUUUCUGGACCCCUUAUGUUUGUAAGGACUUGAAUACUAUUCGAUGGACAUUCAUUUCUUUUAUUCGCACCAGUAAGGUUUUCCGGCACCCUCUCGGCUCGGUAGUCAGGAGCAUUUUUAUCUCCAAACUGAAAGUUAUGAGAAUUCUUCUCCUGAUGUGGAGGAGGCUUCCUCAGUGGCCUUGACAUGUACUUGAAGUCUUGAAGUUACCAGAACUUCUAGCGAAGUAACAGAUUGUUCUUAAUUUCUUCUCCAGCUUUUAAUAAAAUUCAUGAUAACAUGUUACACAACACAUUUUUUUUCCUCCUCCUUCCCUUGGUUCUCCAAUACGAUUAACUUUUUUAUGACGUGAGAUAUACGAGGCUUAUUUUAAGCUCUGAUGUUUAAACUUCAUCCUUUUUUUAUUGUUGUUGUUAAGGAUCAUGUUUUCUGAGAUUAAAUUAGGCUAUGACAACACGGAGUGUUCUAAGUUCUAUGUAAAGAUAUUUUUGUAAUUCUGUGUAAAAUGGGGUUGUGAAUUACUUUGUCGGAGCUUGUAAAUUGGGAUUUGUUUACCAUCUUGUAAAUUGCAUGGGCAAUCUUAGGCUAUGUUGACUCGUUUUCGCUCUCUUCUUGACAUGUUGGAAGACCUACGGAGUUCGGUAGAUUCAUUUGGAUAUGCAAUUUUAAUUUUCCCUUUCUUUUCCUGUGUAGCCCGUGUUUCGUUCAUUUUUACCCUCACGUGAACAGGCUUGUCACUGUGUUUUGAUUUUUAUAAGCCAAAGACAACGGUAGGCAUGGCAGUGAUUAUCUCGAGUGGGUUUUGAGCGCGCUCGGAAAAGACGACGAAAGAUGCUCCCUACACAGCUUAAUUCAGUUCAGAAAGACAUAGUGCCACAUAGCCAUAUGGUUCAGCUGUUUAUGGUCAUAUCAAACCUGAGUUGUGUCCAGUGUGUUUGUGUGUUAUUUCUCUCUUUUUCUUUUCCUUCAUUCUCUUCUGGGCGUCUGGUCACCAUCCCACUGUGCUCCAUCCCUGCUGUUAGUCAUCACUCUGCCCUCAAAGCAUAGAGCUUUCAUCCCUGAGCAACAAAUCUCUGCUUUUGUGUUCUUUCCUUUUUUUUUUUCUUUAAUUUUUUUUGAAAUACGAUUUUUUUUGACUCUCCACUCGAGUAGUUUUGGACUAAUGAAUCAGACAGUCUGCUUUCUAUAACGUUUUGAAUUUGUAUUUUGUAAAAAGCUGAAGAAAUGUACUGUCGUUCAUCUUGAUUCCUGAGUUUGAAUUAUUAUUUUUUUGUCCUCUCAUUCCAUUUUUCUCCUAGACCUCAUUGGAGGGUCCUGUUUGAUUUUUUUUUUUGUUUGUUUUUUCCCUCUUGAGUUGGGUUUUUUUUUGUUUUGUUUUGUUUUUUUUUCUGAUUCCAUGUGUAAAUAACUUGAUAACCAUUAAUGAUAACAUUAAAAUACUGUUCCAGUAUUCCAA